AUGGAGUCUCCGUCGCAAGUCGCGGCCUCUCAGCCUCAGCGGCCCGACCACGUCGUCAAGCGCGUUUCGCGGGCAUGCCUGCACUGCAGACAGCGCAAAUCCCGCUGUGACUUAGACACUAACGGCAGUAACCCGGGCAAGCCGCCUUGCCAGCGCUGUGUCCGUGAGCAUCGCGAAUGCAUACUCGGCGGUUCAAACCGUGGUGGCCGGCGCAUUCGCAAGAACAAGAUCAAGAACUUUACCCCGACGACCAAUCCAUCGCCCAGCAAAGAUUCGGAGGAAACCGCUAGCCCGAAUAGCUCUGAAGCCCGCCGACCGCCAUCUGCAUCCUAUCCUGGCCCGGUCGUCUUCCUGCCGCCUAACCCCCCAGCCACCUCCUCAGUUGCCGUCGAGGAUGACGAGGGCUCGAUUGAUUCAGUUCCACGAAAUCCAUCUGAUGCCUGGCAAUGUCUGACCGGAAUCGCCACCCAGGAUACUGCCAGUGCCGUGCCAGAGGGCCGCGCCGAGCGCCUCCGGUCCGAGUCCGGGACAUUUUCGACGUACAACGGUCUGCGCACCGGCGUUAUUUCAGACUUCAAUGCCUCGAAUACUGCCAGUGGUAUCCGAGCUUAUAGACUAGUUCAAUCUCGGUCUCUUGACCCGGCAACUGUUUGGCAGUUGGUCACACGAUAUGCGGAGAACUUCCAUCCAUUUCUCCCACUGGUCCCACGCAAGUACUUUGAGUGUUCCGCUCUCGAUGACUUCGCAACCAACGAAAAACACCUGCUUACCGCCGUCCUCACUAUUGCUUCCAAGGAUCUGGUCGAUAGACCGGAGAUCCAUGAGUACUGUUCGAAGUACAUGCACGAGCUGAUCUCGGGUAUUGCCGCUGGAGCAGACUGCGACGUGGAAGCCGUUGAGGCUCUAUUACUUCUAGCAGAAUGGGAGCCACAGGGCCUACGGCCUCGUAUUGAGCGUGUUGGACGCGGAGAGGAGGAUCGAGCUGCGUGGAUGCAUGUCGGCCUCGCUCUCCGCUCGGGCUACUUCAUCGGACUGGAUCGAACGUCUUUCCGAGGAGACCCGUAUGGCGACCAAGCUACUGAGGCUCGCCGACGACUAGCUUGGGCUAGCUGCUAUGUCUCCGAUCGCCUUAUUUCGGUGCGAAUUGGCCGGGCUUUUUGGUCUCGUGGCCCGGGCCCAAUGACAGGCCUUGUCAGCCAGGAUUUCCCAUCACUACAGCCGGCCAAAGAGGGCGACGAAGAUUACUCGAAAAUUUUCCAAGCGAUGUUGGAUCUCACUCAGCUCUAUGGAAAUGUUCAUGAAGUGUUGUACUCUGGAAUGAGAACCAGCAAUCAAAUGAUGUUGAUGGGAGACUAUGUUAAGUACGUCGAUGACUUCCGACUUGCGAUUCUCCGAUGGAAAUCUUUAUGGGGUCCUCUUGAAUGCUCGCCGCCAAUGCGCGCAACACUGGAUCUGUCCUACGAGUAUCUACGACUCUAUACGACCGCAUUCGCCUUCCAGGCCGCAAUCUCUCAGUCACUAGUCAAGCCGAAGAAUGAUGGAAGGUCGCACAGAGAGCAGCUGCGAAGUACCUUCAAAAAUGUUGCGUCGAUGCAGGAUUCUCGGUUCAUUUACGAGUCCGUCGACGCAGCAAAAGCCUAUUUGACUAUCCUCGUCGACUCAGUAGAUCCAGAGCGAUAUUUGCACUUCAUGCCUUUGCGCUUCUACUUGUAUGGCAUCUACUCGGCUGUGUUCCUCUACAAGGCUCGCUCAUUCGGCAUGAUGGUCCCAUCUGAAGAAGCGAAGGUUCAAGGCCUAGUUGCACGAACCACUGAAGUGCUACGACAGGCCAGCGCUGGCCACGAUGACAUCGGUUCACGUUAUUCUCGCUUGCUAGAAUUGCUUUGGAAGACCAAAACAUCUACAGCAAAUGCAACUGCCGAAACGCCUCGCAGUAAUGAUUUCGCGAUGCAGACAGCUCUGUCUAACCCGGUGACAGACAACACCUACAUGGACUUCAGCCCUGCCAACGAUUUUUCCUGGCUGGACUUGGAAGCUGUGGGUGACUACGUCUCCGGCGAUCAAAUUUCGGGUGGUUUGCUCGGCUUAGAUGCUUUCCAAGAUCCUUAUCAGUCCGGCCAAGACCGAUCGCAGGUGUGGCAGCCAUCAACCUGGCUGGGAGAUAUGAGCAGCAAUCUUCUGUUCUAG